AUGGCGCACGGGCAUACCCAUCACAAUCAACACCGCCCUCUGGAGGCGCGGUCACUGGACGAUACGAUCUUCGUUAACAACCUCCCUUUGGUGGAGCGUGAUAGUGAUAAUCCCAUUGUGGUGAUUUACAAAACCUUGUCCAAGGACUUCGAAGGCGCCGUUGCUGGCUAUGUGACAAAAUCGACGGAAUCAAGUGAUGAUAAUACUGACACGGCGACUGCGACAAGUACUAAGAAUACCAAUGUCGGCGUUGGCGCAGCAGUUGCUGCCACCAAGACCUCGGCAGAGACCAGCAAAACAACAGAUGAGACGACCACCGAGGAAACCAAGAACAGCCACAAGGACUCCGCGACCAAGGAAUCAGAGACCACCAAAAACUCCGCGACCAAGACCACUGAAAAUACGGCAGCAACGAACACAAAUGCAAAGGCAACCAAUGACUCAACCUCGUUUAUCACCUCUGCCUCCCCCACCACCUCGGAGUCAAGCCAUGAUGCAAAUAUUCUUGCCGCAACUUCGACCGCUUCGGCUACUGACUCGGCCGCUUCGGCAUCGUCCACACUGACCAGCUCGUCAUCUGGCAUGUCCGGGGGUGCCAAGGCGGGUGUCGCUAUUGGUGUGAUUCUUGGAGUUGGUUUGAUCGCAGCCCUCAUCUUCUUUAUUGUGCGGAAGAAGAAGCGCAGCCAGGAAGUCGUGGAGCCCAUGAAUGAGAAGUCGUACGCCAACGAAGCUCUCCCUCCUCCACCCCCACCAGCGAAGCCAUCGACUCCCUCCACUCCUCCGCAACUCAGCAUGCGUCCGAUCACUCAGUUCGCACCCGACUUGAGCGGCCAUGCAUCCUUCAAUACGGCCGCUGCUGUUACGGCAGGUGCAGGAGCAGGUGCUGCUGCCUCGCGCAAUCUGACUGGCAACUCGCCUCCUUCCACCCCGCCGAAGUCCAGUGCUAGCAGUCAGAACCCAUUCAAUGACCCCAUUAAUCCAUUUAGCUCUGGGUCCACGCCUGUGACCCCCGUGGCCGGCGAGGCAUCAAUUUCCACAUCAAGCAAUGGUCCCUCGGGAGCAGCUAUUGCGGCAACCCCUGCUGCCGCUGCUGUCGGAUCCGUUGAUGCUGCUGUUGUGGCAGAACAUGACUCUCACCAGGAACAGUCUGGUCAAUAUAGCUCGGAGGGGGCCGGUGCAGUUAUGCCGCCUAGUUCCUCCCCAAGCCCUGUCAGUGCCAAUGGCGACUUUGAUUCAUCUGCAGCAGUGGCUGCAGCAGGUGGAGCCGUUGCACUGGGGGCCGCUGCACUGGGAGCUGCUGCACUGGGAGCUGCUGAUGCCGGAGCCGGUGCUGGUCCUGCUGGGACUGUUCAUCGCGUACAAAUGGAUUUCAACCCGUCGAUGGAAGAUGAGUUGGAGCUGCGUGCUGGUACUCUAGUCCGAAUGCUUCAUGAAUAUGAUGACGGAUGGGCUCUCUGUGUUCGCCUUGAUCGUUCCCAGCAAGGGGUGGCUCCUCGCUCCUGUUUAUCUGCACGUCCAGUGAAACCGCGCGCGCGGCCACCCCCGGGUGCUGGCCCUGGUCCUCGAGGCCCGCCGAUUAUGGGUCCUAAUGGCCGCCCGAUGUCCCCUGGUGGUAUGCGCAUGCCCUCUGGUCCACCUCCUCCGGGUCGCUUCUAUCCCCAGGAGCCCCGUCCAAGAUCCCCAGUUGGGCCUCCCUAUGGCGGUCCGCCUCGAGCCCCUUACCCAGGCCGCUCCAUGUCUCCCUCGGCUCAGUUCCCUCCUGUUCCCCGCUCAAUGUCUCCUGGUCCUCGCUCCAUGUCUCCUGGUCCCCGUUCCAUGUCUCCCGGUCCCGGCGGUCGAUCAGGCCCACGGUCUAUGAGCCCCGGGCCCUAUGGUCCCCCCGGCAUGCAGCGCCCCAUGAUGCCAGUCAACCAACGACAGCGCAGCAACAGUGCAGGCAAUGUUUCUCCACCCACCGUCGGUGGCGUCGCUCCCUCCAAGCCCAGCCCUCUAGCUGCCGCCGAGCCUCCGGCUCCUGCACCCACAUCUGACCUGCCUGCUCUUCCUCCUUCAGCUCCGGCUUCUCCAACAUCCCCUGUGGGAUCUCAAAUCAACAGAAAGCCUGUUUCUAAUCAGGAAGCCUAA